CUCCCCCCCUGCCGGCUUCCCAGAAAGGAACUGGGUAAAUUCGCCUGCAAAAUAAUAAAUAAUAGGAGCUGGGAGCAGCUUGCAGGCGGCCGCUGGACGAGCAUGAAGAUGGCAGAAGGGGCGCCCCAAGCCAAGAAGCAGAAGCUGGAGCCCAUUCGGCUUAGUGAAAAUGUGCUUUUUGGAAUGGGAAAUCCUCUUCUGGAUAUCUGUGCGGUUGUGGACAAGGACUUCCUUGACAAAUAUGGGUUGAAACCAAAUGACCAGAUCUUGGCAGAGGAGAAACACAAAGAGCUAUUUGAAGAACUUGUGAAAAAGUUCAAAGUAGAGUACCAUGCUGGUGGAUCGACUCAGAAUUCUGUUAAAGUGGCCCAGUGGAUGAUCCAGAGCCCUUAUAAAGCUGCAACGUUUUUUGGGUGCAUCGGAACGGAUAAGUUUGGUGCAAUUUUGAAGAAGAAAGCGGAAGAAGCACAUGUGGAUGCCCAUUAUUAUGAGCAGAGCGAAGAGCCAACUGGAACCUGUGCUGCCUGCAUCACAAGUGACAACAGGUCUCUUGUUGCUAACCUGGCUGCUGCUAACUGUUACAAAAAGGAAAAGCAUCUUGACAUAGAAAAGAACUGGAACUUGGUGGAAAAAGCUCAAGUUUAUUAUAUUGCGGGUUUCUUUUUGACAGUAUCGCCAGAAUCUAUACUUAAAGUGGCAUCUCAGGCUUCUGCAAACAACAAGAUCUUCACUCUGAACCUUUCUGCACCAUUUAUUAGCCAGUUCUACAAGGAGCCCAUGAUGAAAGUUCUGCCUUACGUGACGUCCUGUUUGGGAAUGAGCGGUGAGUCUGCCAGUUUUGCUAGAGCGCAAGGCUUUGAGACUGAGGACAUUAAGGAGAUAGCCCGGAAAGCACAAGCCUUGCCGAAAGCGAACCUGAAAAGACAGCGGGUUGUCGUAUUCACCCAAGGGAAAGAAAACACUAUUAUGGCCACAGAAAAUGAAGUAAGAGCCUUCCCAGUCUUAAUUAGUGACCAGAGCGAGAUUGUGGACACAAACGGAGCAGGAGAUGCCUUCGUGGGAGGCUUCCUCUCGCAGCUUGUCUACGACCGGCCGCUGACUGAGUGCGUCCGCGCAGGACACUACGCCGCCAGCGUGAUCAUAAAGCGUUCUGGCUGCACCUUUCCAGAGAAGCCCGACUUCCACUGAUACUUGGGCAACCUCCGAGGAUCAAGAGGAGGCACUGCCUACCUUCCCUCCAUUGACCCCUCUCCCCAGCUGCCCUGCACUGAGUCUUCUGUACUUUGGAUUCACUUUGACCUUUGCACAUCUCUGUUUGAGUGCCCUUUCCCUGUCUCCAGCACAAUGGUGUCUUGCACGUUUUACAUUGAGGGGCCAGGCUCUGUUCAGCUUGACACUUUUGUACUCCCUUCGUACAGUUCCUAGGAGCAACUCUGUACAAAAGCACCCGCCACUGUUUAGCUGUGAUGUAAGCUGUUCUAAUAUAGUCGUCUGAUAUAUUCUACCCUGACCAAUCCUGCUCAGCUUCAGCAGGUGAGAAAUCCUCAAAACUUUAAUUGGCCUAAGACUGAAUUAGCAGCAAUGUACUCGUGCGAGGAAUUGCACUGUUUGCUCCUAUGUGUGCUAUAUUCACACACACAGGCCUUCUUCCUGCUUCCACUGCAUUACAUAGGAAUUUGCCCAUGUUUCAGGGAGCUAACCCAAGGCUGUGUGGUCCAGAGCAAUCUUGCUGACUUGAGGUGGUUUAGGAGUAGGCUCCUAAGUAAACACAGGAUCUUGUAGAUUUUGGGGCGGGGGCUCAUUUCUUCCAGGGCAAGAUCAGGGUCUUCUUAUGAUACAAAUAAAAGCCCAUAACAGGAUAUUCUCUUGUUGCGAGCUGAAGGAUGCAUCUCAAAGCAGAUACGUUUGUGAAAGUGAAGUACAGAAAUAUUCGUGCAGGUUUUCUCAUCAGGAUAUGCCAAAACGGAAUCUUUUUAUUUCAACGCACAGUUUUAAAGACAAAUAAUGUACUUCAAAUAAGUGAGAGAUCUUUAUUUGUAUGUAUGACAGUAUUCAAGAGAGGUGUUCUAAAAAUGUCAUUCAUUACUAUGUAAUUUGAUACUGAUAAAAAACAAUUGUGAUACAGUU